GAAGAACUGUCUUUACUUUCUAGUUUCAGGAAGGCUGUAAUACUGAAGAAAAACAAAAUGAUUGUUUAAUAAUUAACUUAAACAGCAGAUUAUCUGAUAUGUAGAAGGGCAAAGGCAAAAGUCUUACUGUUUUCCUGGUAGGACCGCCAGUGUUGACAUCCAGUUUUAUUUCAACUCUUCAAAAGUGUGUUAAGUCUUUCAGACAAAAGCAGACCCGAAAAAAUGACAAGUGUUUCAAGAACUACGAUCAAACUCAACGAUGGUCGGCUGAUGCCAAUUCUGGGUCUUGGAACAUGGAAGACUUCAUCAUCACAAGUAUUUCAAGCAGCGGUGGAGACAGCUAUUGCUGCUGGAUAUCGACAUUUGGACGCAGCAUACUGUUACAGGAAUGAGAAGGAAGUAGGGGCAGCCAUAAGGGCCAAAAUUCAACAAGGGGUCAUCAAAAGAGAGGACAUGUUUAUUGUUAGCAAGUUAUGGUGCACAUAUAACGCCCCAGAAGAUGUGCCUUUAUGUCUAAGUAAAACCCUAAAUGAUCUUCAACUAGACUAUGUGGACCUCUACCUCAUCCAUUUCCCUGUUGCUUUACGGAGGAUAGAUGAUGAGGUCUUUCCUAUGAAGGAUGGCAAAGUCCUUACUAAAGACACAGACUACCUUGACACGUGGAAGGCAAUGGAAUCUCUUGUGUCUAAAGGCCUUGUAAAAAGCAUUGGAGUCUCCAACUUUAACAUCCUUCAACUGGAGAGGUUGCUCUCUGUUGCUAGAAUACCACCAGCUGUCAAUCAGGUUGAACUACAUCCUUAUCUGACCCAGACUGACCUUGUGAAAUUCUGCCAAUCCAAAAGCAUUGCUCUGACGGCAUAUAGCCCCUUUGGAUCCCCAGGGAGGCCUCCACAAAAUCAUAUGGGUGAUAAGGAUCCAGAGAAAUUACUAGAGGAUCCUGUUGUUGCUGCCAUAGCAACUAAACACCAGAGAAGCUCAGCACAGAUCUUAUUGAGAUAUCAUGUGCAACAAGGGAUUGCUGUAAUUCCAAAAAGUGUGAGACCCAAUCACAUUCUGGAGAAUACCAAGAUUUUUGAUUUUUCUUUGGAUGAAAAAGAUAUGAAGUCCUUGCAGAGUCUGAACAGAGGCUGGCGGGCUUGUAGUAUUGAAGGGGUCAAGUCACACCCCUACUUUCCUUUUUAAAGAGGUCCCACACAGUGCCAUGAAGAUCACCAUUGAGGAUGAGGACUCCAGUAAAUGAGUGGUUCAUCUUCAAAAAUAAUUCAUAAACUCCAUACAGAUGAUUUGUUUCUGUGGAAAUGCACGGGAGAAACAAUACCAGUAUAAUUUAUAUGGAUUUAAUUACUUUUUUUUUUGGUUUCUGUUUUCAUUGGUUAUAAAAAAUGUGUCCUAAUAACUGAUAAAUCCAAACUUGAAUGUUUCAAUGUGUUUCACUUGCAGCAUUAAUAGACUGUUCCUAAAAUCCUGUAUACUGUAGGUCUCCUAUGUUGAACAAGUAUUCAGCAAAAUGUAUUUGUGCAGCUAACAAAAUUAUUGCAUAAAUCUUAUCUGUUGUGCA